AACAGCUAUGUUCAGACAGUCGUUAAUGAUCACAGCCUGAGAGGGAACACUGUAGACAUCCAUCGAAAUCGUCAGCGGAACGCGAAUACCGUUAGAGCUGUGACAUUAUUUACAAUUGGGCUUUUUGAUAUGUUGUUUUAUUCUUUCACCUACCUGGAUUCACUUCAAAAUAUAUUUGAUCUACCAUCAAGCACUGAACUAAUAAAAGCAGAGAUGCUUCGUGCGUAAAAGACCUCUUGGAGAUGGAAUGAAGCGCGUUCCUCGGCUGUAAUCAACCAUCCGGGCGAAUCAACCAUUUGGGUGCUGGCUGCACUGCACAGAGUUAUUCACUGCACGAAAGCAACGAGUGGAAGUAUUGUUGGAGCUGUGAAUUAAUAAGUUUCGCGUACGCUGUGCUCGCCCGGUGCGCGGUAAGGAUGGAGUCCCUUCCUCAGCAUCAACGGCUCGCGCGAAGAGUGACUGGACAGAUAACUUUAAUCUCAGGGAAAGUGCAUUCAGAGGUGGUUCUGAUUCGGUUCUUCGCUGGAGAUGCUUAACAGAUCUUCCACACUCAUGGCAAUGUUUAGCAGCAGUGAAUGGCUGUGGAAUGACUCAGAACAUUCUCUCACUCCUGGGGGAAACUACAGCCUGGUAUCAGGCAUUGAAGAAGGGAAGAGGAAUUAUUAUGCCAUGCUCUAUUCCCUACUUAUCCUGGCUAUUGUGUUUGGGAAUGUUCUAGUGUGUAUUGCUGUGGUUCGUGAAAAGUCUCUCCAGACCACCACCAACUAUCUGGUGGUCAGCCUGGCAGUAGCUGAUCUCUUGGUUGCUUCAUUGGUUAUGCCCUGGGCCGUCUAUUUGGAAGUGGUUGGUGGAGCUUGGCUCUUUAGUCGCUUAUAUUGCAAUGUCUUUGUAACCCUGGAUGUGAUGAUGUGCACCGCAAGCAUACUCAACCUGUGUGCCAUCAGCAUCGACAGGUAUACGGCUGUGGUGAUGCCCGUGCUAUACAACACCACCCACAGUUCCCGCAAAAGGGUUUCAGUUAUGAUUGCUACAGUUUGGGUCCUCGCCUUUGCAGUCUCCUGCCCCCUACUGUUUGGAUUCAACACUACAGAUGACCCUGCAGUGUGCUCGAUUUCAAAUCCCGAUUUUGUUAUCUACUCCUCCGUGGUGUCGUUUUACUUGCCGUUCGUGGUGACCCUUCUGGUCUACGUGCGCAUCUACAUCUUUCUCAGAAAGAGACGGAAAAGAAUCACUUUCCGUCAAGGCAGUGGCAAAGUUCAGCCAGCAUCCGCGCCACCAUCAGUGGAGACGUGUUUACAAGAUGGCACUCACAAAGAGAAAAGGGACCUUUCCCCCAUCAGGAUCAAUGUGAUAAAUGAAACCACGGAGCAGGUGAUCCGUCCUCGGCUCCUCGCCAGCUGCCUGUGGCGUAAGCGGCCUCAAACCGCCCCUGCCGAGAACUCGCUGCUGCCUCCUGUGAUUACGCUGAACUACUGCAGCAUCAGCCAGGCGUCCUUUGCUCACACUGAGCAAGAUGCAAACCAUGAGGAAGAGGAAGGUGGGGACGAGGAGCAGGUGACAGUUAGGAGUUGUGAGGUGAAGAAGUUGUCAAACGGACGAACGCACACCACCCUGCAUCCACCGCGGCCCGGUCGUGUCAUGGUGUGUCCCAGUCAGGUCCGUUGUAGAAGUAUGCACUCCAAGGAAAAGAAAGCCACACAGAUGUUGGCCAUCGUUCUCGGGGUUUUUCUUAUUUGCUGGCUUCCCUUCUUUGUGACCCACAUCCUAAACACUCACUGCAGAGCUUGCCACGUUCCUCCUGAGGUCUACAGCGCCUUCACUUGGCUCGGCUACGUCAACAGCGCUCUCAAUCCAGUCAUCUACACCACGUUCAACACUGAGUUCCGCAGAGCCUUUAUUAAAAUCCUGAGCUGCUAAAACCAUUGGCUAUACUCCCAUAUAAUGCUCAAUGCCGCUUCCAGACAUUAUGGAUUCCAUUUUGGGAUGCAAAGUGCCAUAUGCAGAGGAUAUUAAAGGCCUUGAAUAAUCUGAAUGUGUUCAAGGUUAUUUUAUUUUCACUACACUUGCAAUUGGUGGAUUACCAUUCAUCCAAAUUAUUCUUCAAAAUCCUAUAGUUCACUUUUAGAGGAUGAACCAAUCUGGAGAUCCAACUGUGGCUUCACAUCAAACAAAAAAGCCUAGAAUAUCAUAGACCUUAACCUCCAUCUCAACACCUUCUCACAUACAGGCGAAUUCUGAAGUCAUUGUGUGUUUGCAUGCGUCACACCACUGAAUUAAGCUGAGUUGAGUUUUGCCUGAAACACUUCAGUUGUAAAACAGCUAAGAAAACUAUUUAUGUGGCCACAAAGGCUAGUGAUUUGUCAAAGGGAACAUAAAGCAGGUGGACCAAAGGAGCGUGAAGUAGGUAAAAGAUCGAAGACUGUGUUGUGACUUUAAUGGUUUCUCCACUCUAUGGCCGGGUGUCGUGAUCCAACUGCAUAUCAGGAGAGAAAAAAAAAGAAGAGAUGGUCAUGAUUGUUAUGGAUGAAACAUGGUUUUGUGCUGUGAAUUAAAGCUACAUUGAGUACAUAA